AUGGGGGAUGCCUUCGCUGUCGUCCUACACUCCCUUCGAAUCCUUUCUGCGCUGGAGGAGCUCUAUGCGGACCUUGUGAAGGGAGAAACUGGAGGAGAGGCAUCAGCAAAGCAAAGCCCUGAACAACAGCCGCUUGUGAAUGGACAGCAGGAUGGGUUGGGUUCCCCGCCAAACCCGAAAAAACGGAAAGUCACGCCGCCCGGAGAUGGAUGCUCGCAUUCAACAAUAGUGUCCAGCUUGGUCUCUCGCUUAUAUGCGCGAUAUAGGGAAUUGGUUACAAAGGAGAUCCGGGAAGAAGAGCGGAGAUAUACUCAACUGCAGAAUGAGCUAAUCAGGGUCCAUGAAGAACAAAAGGCGGAGCCUCCAACAUUACCAGUGGCUGCGCAGCAGGCUCAACCUCAGCAAAAGCCUAAGCCGGCACCUGAAGAUGUUCCACAACAAAGCACAAAACCAGCUGAAUCUCGCGUCGAUUUACAGGCUCCACGGGAACCCGGAAGUGGACCGGGAACACCGCGUGGCUUCACGAAGACCUUGCAACCUAAACAUGAAGCAAAUAUCUCGAUUCCUCCUACUUUGGAUGCUGGCCGUCAUGCCGCGCCACAAACCGCUCCCCAACCUGCGACCCAGUAUCGCUUUGAGAACAAGACCCCGCAGUCCAUGCAAGCCCAUCAUCAGCCUCCCCAAUGGAUAGCCGCAAAUCAGCAACCCAUCGCGAAUAUCCCGCCCACACCGUCAACCCAAGCCCAAAACGGAGGACCUCCCAUCCAGGCUCAUACACUGGCGCCGGGGUUCCCUGGAACCCCACCCGGUGUGCACAUUGCGCCAACUCCUCCUGGUGUAGCCAAUGCGCGAAAUCAACCUCGACAGCAGCAGAUUGGUCCUUCUGUGGGUAUCCGACCCUCUCCACCCAAACCUGCAAUGCAGAAAGGGAUAAUGCAGCCAUGGUCCAUUCACACUCCCCCACAGCGACAACAUGUCUCCCCAUACGCAAACACACCUCAACCUCCUGUGCCAGCUCCAAACAGACCAACCCAGACUCCGCAAUCAUCGAACCAAGCUGAUAAAGUUCCAAACACAACGUCACAACUCCCGUUCACUGUACCUACUGGACAAUUGCCCCGUCAAGCCGGCGUGAAUAGCGGGCCUGGACCACUUAUCGAGACUGUGAAAUCAGCUCAAAAUAUACCCUCCUCGACUCCUAUAAACGUGAAUAUACCAUCCUUUUCUCAACGACCCGCUAGGUUAUUACAGAGUUCGAGGCCUCGGACUCCGUGGAAAAAGUUGGAUGCCCUUCAAAUUCCCAAGCACCCAGGGUCCCCUGUACGGCCAGGGCCUGAGGACAUAAGUCCUAUUAGCGCCGUGGGCGAUCAAGUACUGUUCGCGAAGAUGAAUCUGAAGGCAGCAAAGUCAAAAGCGAAAUACCUAGUACUCCUGUUGGGACUGAUGAUAUAG